AUGAAGAUGCCUCUCUUUUCUGCAUUGAAAACUCAACAAUACUUGUCUACGACGUCAUCAGAAAACCCUAAAAAGUGUUUGGUCUCCACGACUCUCUGUUUGUCGUCUUGUGAAAACCCUAAUAAGAGGAAGAUGAACACUAAUGAUGAUCCCAAGGUUUCUUGCAGACCAAGCGACGAAAAAUCAACCAAUGAAGAAAGAAAGAUUAAACGAAUGAGGAACCUCUCGAACGAAGAAAAGGCAGAGGAAGAAUGGUACGGUGUUUCAACAGAACUAACACUCUUCAAAGAUCCAUGGAUCAUCAAGAAAGAAUUAACAAAUAGCGAUCUUGGCCAACUUAGCCGUCUUCUUCUUCAUACUGGUCCCAUUGAGGAUCACAUUAUCAAAUAUCUAAACAAUGAUGACAAAAAUAACGUCCAACAAGGGUUAGGAAUCACGGUCGAUGUGUACGACCACGACACUGACUCUACGUUCGAGCUGAUUCUAAAGAGAUGGACAACGUUGAAUAGUUAUGUUUUAAACGGAGGGUGGCGAAUGUAUUUUAUCCGUAGGAGAGGUUUGAGAAAAGGCGACCAAAUUGGACUGUUUUGGGAUCGUUUUGCUUCGAGGCUUCACUUUCGUGUGCUUUCUCGUGCAUCUACAGAAGUUUUUGUUGAUGAGAAGAACCCUAACUAGCUAUACAUAUAUUGGAGCAAUGGCAAAUGAGUGGAGAGAGAGAUUCAUCGUUUUUGAGGCUUUAUAUGUUGGAGCAAUGAGUGGAGCGAGAGAUUCUUCCUUUUUUUAGGCUUUUCAAGUUUCUUAUUUACGUUUGCAUAACUUUUUUUUUUUUUGAAGAAACAUAAUUUUCUUAACAUGAAUUAAUUAAUAGAAUCAAAGUUGCUCUUAAUCAAAGUACCAUGACCAAUAACAAAAACAAAUAUUGAUACAAUGGCACGUCAAAUAUUUGUGUUUUCUCAUGAUUGUUUUUUACUUUCCAAAAGAUUUCUUCAGUAUAGUACUAGUAAGACUUCGGCUUACUCUCUGGUUAAAAAUUGGUAUGAUUAAAAGAGAUGUUAUGAAUUCCUCCAUAUCAAC